UGAACCGCCACAUUGUUUUCUAGCAGCCCUGCUCUGGCCACACUGGUUACAUUCGUUAGAGCAUUGAGUCAAUGAGUGUUCCACCCCCUAAUCUCAGAGUUCUGAGCCCUACAGUUAUAAAGCGUUACAAAAGAAUAAUAAAAGUUUAUAAAACACAGAGAUUUUUCUAACACAAUUAAAGGAAAAAAAAGAAAACACAUUCAACAGUAAAAUAUAAAUUAAAAAUAUCAUCAAUCUAUAACAGAUUGUAGUUUUAUAUACUAUAUGCAGACGUGUGGGUUUUUUUUUAUAUUUAAUAAAAUUUAAUUGAAAAUACUGAGUGUACUAAAUUUAACGCCGGGUAGUGGAAAGAGAAAUAAAAUCAUCUUGUUAUUACAAAAAUUAAGAUUGUCACGAUGGCUGAAGUCCAGAACAAAAAUAAACGCUUAGGAUAUGAUGAAGUACGAGAUAGGAUACUUGCGGGUGAGAUGGACGUAAAUACCCAAUAUCCAGGAAUCUCCGAUUUUGACCCUCCAAUUCUUGAAAUAGCGAUUAAUAAACAAGACACCGAAUUAAUUGACUACCUUCUCCAGCACAACGUGGACGUGCAUAAAAAAGUAAAAUUUCGUAAGCCAGCAAUUUAUUUAGCAGUCGAAUCUGACGACAUUGAGUUGGCUCAAAAAUUACUAAACGCAGGCGCUAUUUGUCUUCCCGUACGAGGGCGUCACACAAGAUUCGCUGCUAAUGAACUGUUACGACUAGCUGAUGACAAUGAGAACAAAGAAAUGGUCAACUUGUUAUCAGAAAGACUCAAUGAAUAUCUCGAUCCGGAUGACAGCAGCGAUGAUGAUUGGAUUGAUAGUGAUGAUAAGGAAAUUGAAUUAUCACUUCCUAAAUUUCUGUUGUAUCCAAUAUUAGAUGCUAUUGAGCAAAACAACAUAGAAUUAUGUAAAAGAUUGAUACCACAAAUAAUGAAACGAUAUCCUGGUUGUCCUAAAAAAUUACACAAGUACACUCCUCGUUAUUCUAAAAAAUUACUCAAUUACACUUCUGGUAAUAUUUGUUGUGAAAUUGCUGAGUUUAUAAUCAAUACUGGCGCUUAUUCUAAAAAAGAUUUAGCAAAAGCUUUAUUUAGAGCUAUUGAAUGUGAAAAUAUACCGACAGUCGAAUUAUUGAUAAGAAAAGGAGCUGAUGCAAAUGCAAGUCUGUGGGGCAAAAAAAGACCUCUUGAAAUUGCUUUUGAUAAGAAGAAUAUUAAAAUUAUUGAGAUAUUGAUUGCUACUGGCUUUGAUGGAUCCAAAACAUUCGAUAUUAAUAACUCACUUCAUAUUGCAAUUAUUCAGAAUAAUUACGAAAAAAUAAAAAAUUUAAUUGAGAAUGGAGUUGAUAUUAAUGACACUUCAUACUUUAAAAAAACGCCAUUAACUGUAGCCGCUGAAGAAAAUAAUAAACCAGUGGUUGAAUUGUUACUUGAAAACGGCACUAAACCUGAAGGAGCAGCGAUUUUGGCUGCCAUUAAAAAUAAUAAUUUAGAGUUAUUUAAAAUAUUAAUCGAUACAGGUGUUAAUAUUCCUCUGAGCGCUUUGGUAAAACUAAUGGACGUUAUUUAUACAGGUGAAUAUAGAAAAUCUCUAUUUCCUCGAGGCACUAAUGUCAAUCGCGUGAAUAGAGAUUCGGGGGCAUUACAAUUGCCCACGUCUCGAAAUAACGAAGAAUUCGUCAAGUUAUUGAUUAAGAAGGGCGUGGAUGUGAACUAUAAGUACGAAUAUAGAGGCUCACCUUUAGACAUUGCUUGUAGACAUAAUGAUCUUGAAUUAGUAAAAAUAUUAGUAGAAGCUGGUGCCAAUGUUCAUAUAUCAUUAGAUGAAUAUUCCUUAAUAGAAUCAGCUAUAAAUCAUAACAAUUACCAAUUGGUUGAGUACUUAGUCAAUCAUUACACUGGUGCUAACAUUACUUGCGACUAUUCAGCGGCAUUAAUAUGCGCUGUUGAAAGAAAAAGGAUAAAAAUAGUGGAAUUACUGAUUAAAAAUGGUGCCAAUGUUGAUUACAUGGGAUUAUAUUACUCUUCUGCUCUCCUCCUCAGUAUUAAAAACUGCACGUCUGAAAUAACGGAAAUUUUAGUGAAAGCUGGUGCCAAUACAAAUAUGAAUUUAAGAAAUAAUACGGCGUUGAUUGAAGCUAUCAAGUUGACGGAUUACAAAAUGACUAAAUAUUUGAUAGAAAAUGGCGCAGAUGUAGAUGUCAGUAUUAAUAAGGUUGGGUCAUUAUUAAAUUGGGGUUUUCGUAAAUCUAAAUCAGCAGUUAUUAGUCUCGCGCUGGAUGUUGGUGCUGAUGUUAAUGCCGUUAACAAAAAGGGCAAGACGGCAAUUGAUUUUUUCUCAAAUACUGAAAACUUCCAGACAUUAAUCGAACAUACUAUUAAAUUAAAAGCUGCUAAUUUAUAUCUGAUAGAUAAAAAUCAAGAUGCUGUCAAAGGUAAUAAAUUUGAAGAUUUUUACUCCAAAUGCUUGGAUGAAGUUGAAUUUAUGAAGACACAAUGGUAUGUUGGGAAGAAUAGUUUCUAUGAUAUUUUACACUCGUGUGUGAGUGAAAUCUCUCAAAAUAUUAAAUGUAUCAGUAAAGAUGACAUUAUUUUUGAUAAAAAUGCAUUAUGUAGCAAAUUUAAACUGUAUGGUGGAAUUAUUUACUAUCGUGUAUUAAAAGCUGAGCAGCAUAAGGAGUAAGUGGUUCGUGCUGACAAAAUAAUAUCUCAUUUAUUUGGUGAUUUACUACCAGAUAUUUUUAGACAAGAUGUUUGAGAUUUUUUAAAUAAUGAGGAACUUAAAAUUGUAAUAAUUCAAAAUUAAUAAUAAUGUUAAAAAUAAAAUUUAUCAGUAUCAAUUA